AUGGAUAAGUCCAGGAAGAUCUUCAUCUGUGCCCUUCUGUUCGUCAUGUCUGAGGAAAUCUGCUUGGCUCAACACUGGUCUUACGGCCUGCAACCAGGAGGGAAAAGGAGUGCCGAAAACCUGGCAGAAUCAUUUCAAGAGACUGCAAAUGAAAUGGAGAAAUUAGGGGAAGCACAGAAGAGCAAAUGCCCCGGUUCGUAUCAGCAUUCCAGGUUCAGUGAUCUGAAGGAAGCCAUGGAAAGUCUGAUCGAAGGAGAAGCUAGACGAAAGAAGAUUUAA